AAAUACAGAAUCUUCACUGGUCUAUAUAUUACCCCACACUGAAGCCACAACAUGAGUCUGCGCAAGUUCACAUUUAAAUGGUUCGGGAGCCUCACCAACCUGUCAUUCCGCCGCUCCACUGACAAAUCGCAGUCUGAGUCCAGGUCUGGAGGGAGCAGUGUGUCCUUUGAUGGAGACAAACCAGGACUGGACAAAGUACCGGAGUCCACAGUGGACGACCUGGAGGCCAUGCGUCCUCGAACAUCCAGCUACGUGAGGUCCACUGAGGGCUAUAGUCAUGUGGGCACACUGCCCCGACUUCUCCAGAAAAAGAGGGACAAGAACAAUCAAGAGGGCCCCAGCAGCAGUAAGAAGGUUAAAGACAAGUGGAGCCUUCGCAGAAGUCAGAGUCAGUGCCAUGAUCAAGUCCAGUACCGAAUAAAAACAAGGGACAGUCCAACCAGACAGAGCAGACCAGAAGAGGUGAGACCUGAAGCUGACCCUGGAGCCGACUCUCCUCCGGAUCCAAGUCCAAUCACUCCACAUGAAGACACAGGACAAAAAAGUGUCACAGACCUUCAACAAGACCACACUGAAUCUGUACCUGAGAAUUUGUCUCCCCCUAGUGGCUCCAGCGCAGAUACGCAACCGGAGCCCUGCAAAACAACCAAUUAUGAAAAGCAAGAAGAAAUAGAUUUGGAAAAGAAAAUAUCACCUGGAUCUUGUAGCACAGGCGUGUCUGUCAUGAGUGAGGAAGACAACGACCAAACGACUGUCCCUGUGUGUGAGCAAACGGAACAAUCACCAGAGAGAGAAAAAGACCCAAGCCACAUGGAGUCCAGUCAGUGUCAUCCUGAAUAUGUCCUGUUCUCAAAGGAGAAGUACCUGCUGGAGUCUCCCCCUGAGAAACUGCGCAAAGAGCUGGAGGAGGAACUGAAGCUGAGUCCUACUGACAUCCGCAGCCAUGGCUGGUACCAUGGACACAUACCCAGAGAGGUAUCAGAGACACUGGUUAUAAGGAAUGGGGACUUCCUGGUGCGAGACUCCCUGACCAGUGUAGGAGACUAUGUCCUGACAUGUAGAUGGGACAAUGAGGUUCUUCACUUCAAAAUCAGCAAAGUCCUUGUCAAAUCCAGUGAAACAAAGGUGCAGUAUGUGUUGGAGUCGGACAGCUUUGACUCAGUCCAGGAGCUGGUCAGAUAUUACAUUGGUCAGCGUAAAGUGGUGUCCCAGUCCAGUGGGGCCCACAUCUACUGUCCCGUCAGUCGGACACUCCCUCUGAGGUACCUGGAGGCCACCUUCACCCUGUCCAACAAGCAGGGCUCCGCCUACUCCCCCUCCAGCCAGAGAGGCUCCUACAUCAAGAGAAGGAGUGUGACAAUGACCGACGGGCUGACCACAGAAAAGAUGAUACCUCACAGCCCGUCCACUAUUCACCACCAUAAAGACGCAAUGCGCAACUGUGCCAUGAGCAUGGACCAGAUCCAGGAGUACCGCUGCCCACUGUCACCAGUCGGAGAAACCCCCAUGUCUCCAGCCUACACAGCCAUAACCAGGCAGAGAUGUCAUUCAGGAGGGCGUGCCCUUGCAGUAGUCCCACCUUCUCCUGUACUGCGGCGUUCCAGUGAUCCACAGCUAAGUCCCACCGCCUGUAACAACCCACCUGAACACCCCGCCCAUACCUCUCACUCCGCCCACUCCUCGCCCGCCCACCACGCCAAUUACCAAUCACAUUCCUCCGAGACGGCCGGCAGCUACUGCGACCUCAGACCGUGCGCCCCACCCAAGCCCCCCACCAAGAGCUACGUGGAGAGGCUACGAGUGGAGGAAGGAAGGGACGAGGGGUUGAGGGCAGAUGGAGAGGGGUUGUUCAGUGCGCCACAGGUGGAGAAAGCGUCUUCAUUCAGGCCUUCCAGGUUUGAGUCAUGCCUUUUACCAGUUGAGAAUAAACCUCUGGAAAUGACAGUGCUGAAGAAGGUCAAAGAGCUUCUGGCUGAGGUGGAUGCUCGGACUACAGCUAAACACAUCACUAUGGUGGACUGCAAGGUUGCUAGAAUAUUAGGAGUCACCGUGGAGCAGCAAAGGAUGAUGGGAGUGUCCUCUGGGCUGGAGUUACUGACCCUGCCUCAUGGACACCAACUCAGACUGGACCUGCUGGAGAGAUUCUACACCAUGUCCAUAAUGAUGGCGGUGGAUCUGCUGGGCUGUACGGGAAGCACAGAAGAACGGGCUGCACUGCUUCAUAAAACCAUCCAAUUAGCAGCUGAGCUCAAGAGCAACAUGGGGAACAUGUUUGGGUUUGCAGCGGUAAUGAGAGCCCUAGAGCUUCCACAGAUUUCACGUUUAGAGCAGACAUGGAUGACAUUAAGGCAGAGACACACAGAAGGAGCCAUUUUGUAUGAGAAGAAACUCAAGCCUUUCCUAAAGAAUAUCAACGAUGGCAAAGAAUCCAGUGUCCUGUCCAACACCACGUUCCCACACAUUAUCCCUGUCCUCUCUUUACUGGAGAGGGGCGUGGCUCUGGGGGACGGGCUGGAGGCCUGGGAGAGUGCAGAAGUGGGAGUGGACGUGGUCAUGCAUCACCUGGAAGCAGCUCGGACCAUCGCUCAUCACGGAGGCAUCUACACAAGCAACACUGACACCAUACUGCAAGAAUUCCAGGAGCGAGCAGAGAUUGGUGAAAUCUUUCAAACCGAGUUUCAGAUGCGUCUUCUGUGGGGAAGCCGUGGCUCUGAGGGCAGUCAGUCAGAGCGGUACGAGAAGUUUGACAAAGUCCUGACUGCGCUGUCACACAAGCUGGAGCCUCCUGUCCGUCACAGCGAGCUAUAGCACCUGCCCUUCCAUACUGUCACCACUGCACCCUGUGUGACCCUGUGUGACCCUGUGGACACUCAACACUGAACUGGCUUCUGCUUUGCAUCUGCAAAGAGCAGACACCUGAAGAGACAUUUAGAGAGGAGUAAGUUAAGAGGCAGCUAGAGCUUGUGGUGUGAGCAAUAGACCCUGAGGAGAUGGAUUCAUAAUAAUCGUGUUGCACUCACUGUGCUCUCCUUUAAGGCACAGAUCUGUUUCUCUCUGUGGACUUCUUCACUUAGUGCAAAAUAAUGAAACGCAGCAGGGAUGAUGGACAGAGUGAGAGGAGGAGACAGUCUUUUGUGCUCGGUACAAACUGUUACAUGUGUCAGAAAGCAGCACAGAACGCUGUUGUUUGAACCCACUGCUGUCACGUACUGUAGCAGAUAUGACAAUAACGUACAUAGCUCAUAAGGUGUUUUGUGAGUGUGAAUGUGCGUGGAUGUGUUUUUAUAUGUUUACAUUCCUACUUUUUCUCAUCAAUUCUCUAUGUGCUUUUUAGUCUUAUUUAUAUAGUUUUUCUAUGAAAUUAACAAAACAAUUUGGACAUUUACACAGCUGCUUCAUCUGGCAGUGCUCAUUCAGAGUGAAUUGACUUAAAAAAACACAUUAAAUAUGUAUCAGACAGUCCCAUUGAAUAUCAUCAAAAAUGUAUUAGGCAUGCAUUAAUAAAUGUAUCAGAAAUGAAGCAUUUAUACUACUAAUGCAGCAACAUAGUUAUGAGGGCUUUGCAAGCUGUUAAAAAUAUUAAGACAAAGAAACUUUGCUUUGUUGGAUUUCUUACUAACACAAAGACAUUGCAUUUUCUUCGGCUUGUAGCUAAAGCAAUAUUUCAGUGUACAACCUUUUAUUCACUGAAUAUAAAAUAAAAGAAAAUGUAUGAUCCCACACAACUUGCAGACAGUAUGAAACAGGUUUGUCUCAAGAUAAGGGUCUGGUUACCUUGAGGACUACUGUUUGUUUUCAGGUGGAAUGUUGCUUUAAAGUACUAUUUUGUGUGUUCUUUUUGAACAGCUUUAGCCUUUUGUAUUUUAAGUUAAAGCUUUCCAAAAAAGUUCAAUUAUUUUAUACUUGAUUCUGAUCUGAUCCCACCCAUUUGUCAUUGUUUGACUGCACUGUUCUGUUUCAGCAUUUGUUUGAAAAUAACCAACACUGUACAAUCACUUUAACCAAAGGGCUCCGACCCCUGAAGACCACAUGCAAUCCCCAUUAGCUUAGGAAAUUAAUGUCUUUUUAUAUACUUUUUUUUUUUCCCUCAAAUUUAUUUGUAAUGAUAAGCCAAUCAAUCAUUUAAAAACAAGGCCCAAUUUUAUACAGGCAAUGUUAAACAGAUUUCUUGAUAUGAUAGUUUGUCAUUCACUUAUCCUAUUGAAUUCGGAUUUUGCAAAAAGCAAGUAGAAAUGGUGUCAUUCCCAUUUCUCCCCAGUAGAGUUCGCCCUGUAGUUAGAAAACUGUAAACCCACAAUUGUAAUAGAGUGGUGGCUGCACAACGCGUUCUUUUUUAGGUGGGAAAAGUUUUGACUUUGUUAUGACAAUGGUAAUAAUGUAUUUGAUGCUGAAACGUUUUAUUUGUUUUAACCUUUGAAUGCUGUUUGCUCAGAAGUGCUCAGACAGGACUGACUGAUGGAAACCUAAAAAAAAAAAAGACAGAUGAUAAAAUACUGUAUGUCAUGUUUUUUUAUGUACUGUACAUAGCAGUUCACUUUUUUUAAAUAAAAUGA